GUUCCUUCAAGUCAACGGCAAAGAGGAAAUGCAAUGUGGGCCCCGCCUGUUGUCGACAUGGACAGCUCCUCGGCGCCCGCGGUGCUCGCCAAGGCAUGUCGAGACUUCGGCUUCUUCUACGUGGAAAACCACGGCGUUUCCGAGGAAGUAAUGCGAGAAGUGUUCCGGCAAUCCAAGUUGUUUUUUUCCCUCGGCAUGGACGACAAGAUGUCUGUCCGGGCAGACAAGAACAACCGCGGCUACACGCCCAUGCACGAGCAGGUGCUUGACCUGGAGAAUCAGACCAAGGGAGAUACAAAGGAAGGGUACUACAUCUUCCGAGAGGGGAGUGCUGGUGCUGCUGCCGAUGGCGAACACGAUGAUGCCAGGCCACUCUCAGGCCCCAACCAGUGGCCAUCCGAGGAACUGGUCCCAGGGUGGAAGACGACGAUGCAAGAGCAUUUCGUCAGGAUGCACGCCGUGGGAGAGAGGCUAGCCGGGCUCCUGUCGGUCGGUCUUGGGCUAGAUCCUGCCGUCUUCGGCACGUGCUUCUCGGAAUUCGCGCACACCCUACGCUUGCUUCACUACUCAGCCGAGGUUUCGGACCCAGGGAAAGGCGUUAUGGGUGCAGGGGCGCACACGGAUUGGGGCCUGAUGACCUUGCUCGCCACGGAUGAGGUGCCGGGACUACAGGUCAGGCUGAACGGAAAGUGGUUGGACAUCCCUCCCCGAAAGGGGGCGUUUAUUUGCAACCUCGGGGACAUGCUCCAGAGAUGGACAAACGACGACCUGCGAUCGACGGUACACCGGGUCGUUAACAAGCUGGGCCUCGAGCGCUACAGCAUCCCGUUCUUCUUCGAGCCGAACUUCGACACAGAGGUGGCGUGUUUCCCGCAGUUUUGCUCCGAAGAGAACCCAGCGAGGUACCCGCCAGUGAAGGCGGGAGCAUACCUUAUGGGAAAAUACUCUCAGACCCAUCAGGAUUUCGACGGAUAUCAGCCCGACAGCACUGCGUCUUCAACAUCGUAGACAGAGUGAACCACGUGUUGUAUUAAUAGGAUUAUGCUGCGCUUCGUAACAGCGCCAAGACAGCGGCGAUUUCAUGUAUAUAUGUAGCAGUAGAUUGACGUGAAUUUGGAUAUAAUUCUCGAAAGGUGGUCUACACCGAGACAUAUUUAUAGUGCUUGUUGUUCUGCCCCGCACGGUCAUCGUUGCGCAGGUACCCUCUUGUAGCGUGGGGACUCGGAUGUUUCUUCUGUCAAUUUCUCAUGCAUGCGUGGACGUUUUUCGGUAUUGGGCAGCUUUCUCUGUCAACCUUGUAGCUGCUUGGCAUUGGGGGGCGGUUGCGAAAUCGAAGGACGAAAUCAUUUGGUUAGAAUAGGCCAAGAGACACGGUUUUCUCAACAACUGCCAGUAGCCAUUGUAUCACGCUGUUUUGUAUCAAGCUGCAGGAAGGGUGGAUUUUGGCAGCAGCUACUUGCACACUUGAAUCCGGCUCACUCGAAAAAACGAACAGAGUUUUGUAGUCUCGACGACGUCGACCAAAGAAAAAAAACUAGGGUGGUUUGAAGGAGAAACCGGCGAUCGCGCCUAUUUAGCUCUAAACCCAAGUCAUUUUGGGAAAACCGGGCCAGAAAUCCGAUUCUUUUUUUUUGCCACAGUUCUCAGAAGAGGGGCUUCAGAAAUUAUAAUUAUGCGUGUGUCAGUACGCAUUAUUGAAUGUGGUGCUGUGUUCAUGUUUGUCUGCCUUUCUAUGCAUAAGCUGUUGUUAAUACAUACAUGUAGCAAGUGACGUUCUAAGCUCACUUUCUUUUUGUUGCUUCAUAC